AUUCCAUAGCCUUGAGACAGACAGAGUUAAAGCGGUGCCAAACUGGGUUAUUUUUCCAGUGUGGAUGCUGUUUCGCUGUGCAAAGUGCUCCAAAGAGGGGCCUCCUAGUACACACUUUUGUGGAUAUCACAUCCUGGGGAUGUUGCACUGUUUUGAGGAAAUUAAUGCAAUGGUCCUGUGGUUACUGCACUCCUCCAUGACAGACAGGGCAGCAGCCAUAAGUCCGGCAGCACUUGGAACUUGGAAGCCACAACAACAUCAGACAAAAAGCCGGAAGUGCAGGUGCUCCACUCCGCUCCCGAACUCUAUGGCCCCUGAGGCUGGCGGUGACGCUGACUCCUACGCUCCCUUCGGCCGUCGUUGGCGCUGUCUCCAUGGGAACCGUCAGCAGCGGCGGCGGGGCGAGAAAUGUAAUCAAGGCUUCCCAACUGAGGUUUUGUGAGACAUUUAGCCUCCUCUGUCAAAGAGAGCUCUGGUGCCACCAUAAAAACUGCAUUUGUGUUUUGGAGCGUAGCUUCACAAUGGAGCUCAGAUGGGAGGACAUUGUGGAAUCCCUCCUGGACAGAAGGUGGAAACGUUGGACAUGUCCUGGAAAAGGAGGACCUCUGGUCGCCCUGUAAUACCCACAAGAUGUAUCAGAAGAAGUAGCUUAAUGUUGAUUUGCCUGAUUUGAGAUCUCAUUUUAAAGAGCUAUGAGUGACUGGACUGGAGGGAAAGCAGUGUACCCCAGUGUGGGAUGAGAAUGAGCUGGCACUCUCGAUGCAGGCAUUGAGAUCUCACAAAUCUAGCCCAGGAAGAUGCUCCAAACCAGCAACUAUAGCCUGGUGCUCUCCUUGCAGUUCUUGCUUCUUUUCUACGAUCUCUUUGUCAACUCCUUCUCAGAACUGCUGCGCAUGGCCCCUGUCAUCCAGCUUGUGCUCUUCAUCAUUCAGGAUAUUGCUAUCCUCUUCAAUGUCAUCAUCAUAUUCCUCAUGUUCUUCAAUACCUUCGUCUUCCAAGCUGGCCUGGUUAAUCUUCUGUUCCACAAAUUUAAGGGGACCAUAGUUCUUUCAGCAGCAUACCUUGCUUUGAGUAUAUCCUUCCACAUCUGGGUUAUGAACCUCCGCUGGAAAAAUUCCAACUACUUUGUAUGGACUGAUGGGCUGCAGACCCUUUUUGUUUUCCAGAGACUAGAUCGCCAGCUGUCCUCUACCCCUCUGGAGAUUCUGCUGUUCCUCAAUGGCUGGUAUUAUGCCACAUAUUUCCUGCUGGAGAUUUUCAUAUUUGUGUAUAAAGGACUCCUGCUGCCCUAUCCUUCUGCCAAUCUGGCUUUAGAUCUGGUCAUGCUCUUCCUCUACCUUGGGAUUGAAGUCACAAGGAUAUUUUUUGGCUCAAAAGGGAAUCUGUGUCAACGGAAAGUACCACUUGCCAUCAGUCUGGCAUUAACCUUUCCAGCCGCAGUGAUGGCAGCCUACUAUCUGCUACUGCAGACCUAUGCCCUGAGGCUGGAAGCCAUCCUCAAUGCUAUCCUUCUUCUCUUCUAUGCUGUUGAGCUGCUGUUGGGCAUUCUUACCCUGGCCGCCUUCUCCAGCUUGGAUUCAUACUGAGAAGCUGCCUGGUCUCCAUUGUAUGGAGAGUGAAGAGCAAGGCUGGAUGAACCCUCCAUUGCCAUGGCUGGGCCCAGAAAAAGUUUCAGGUUCAGUUGUGCAAGCUGAAAGAAGAUGCAGCAGGCAUCUUUUUACUUCAGACAUGUACAGACAAGCAGCCAGCAGCAGGAUUUUCAAUCAUCAGUGAAAGGUCCUAACAUUUCCCCACUAUCACCAAGCAUUCCUUUUGAAAGAUGACAGUUUCUUCAUUUCAACUGUACAGCUGGACCACUGAGCUCAGCCUGAUGUAUAGAUCUGAUGUAUAGCUGCUGUGUCCUUCAAAUUCUUCAGAAAGAGGUGUUCUGACAUGGGAUCAAGAAUCUAGUAUGUGUGCAGUGACACUCAUUAUGGCAUUUGUGUCCAGCCCUUCCUAACUUUGUUACCUCCUGUGCCCUAUUCCUGCAAAGGCAUGGGGCUGAGGGCAGUGGGUCUUGGGCCCCUUCCCUCACUCAGUAUUGUUGUGGUAUGUAUUGAGAAUUUGUGAUACUUGGUUUUAUACUGUAUCUGUGGAAUAAAUAUUUAUUUUUCAACU